CUUCCUCUUCUUCCUCUUCUCUAUCUUCGCCAUCUUCACCAUCACCAUCACCAUCACCAUCACCUUCUUCUUCACCAUCUUUUGACAGAUCCUGCUUCUGCUGCUUCUGCUGCUUCUGAUUCUUCUGCUGGCUCUUUUUGCUGAGGCCUUACUUUUGAUCAACUCGUCUUCCACUCUGGCUGCUGGCCUGUAUGCCCUCACUGUCACUGGAUUCUUUGCUGCUGGCCCAGCUAUUUCUCCUUCUCCUUCUCUGCCUUUAGUUCUUCUCUGCUUGAGCAAAACUCCAGACUGCUGAAUACUCUCUUUCAACUGUUCUUGCCAUGAAACCCCUACAAUCAAAGCAGUUCUUUAGCAUCUCCUCCACCUUUUCAUUGUCUCUUGAGACUUUUAUCGAUGCUCUAGCAAAUGACAGAAAAGACUACUUUCAAAACAGAAGUUAUGAUCCCCUUCUAUUUACCCAGAUCUACGAUCAAAAUUUACACAAAUGGUUCAAUAUCUCCCAAAGUCAUAAUGACUAUCACAUCGAUAGUGAUAAUGAUAACGAUCAUGAUCAUGAUAUUUUUGAUUCUCAUGAUCUUCAUGAUCUUAACGACUACCUUCAAACUACAAACCUAAGACACUUACUACUAGAUUUUUCCUUCAAUGAAACAAUUAAUCAAAUCUUAAAAGAUUCAAUUCUACUUCAAACCGCAAACCCCCAUCAUUUAUCAAUUAAUCAUACAAACUUGUCCCUACAAUUCAGCUUAUCUGAUCACGAUUAUCUUUUAUUAUCAAAACUCUCAAUUAUAACUGACAUUUCAAUUUAUCUAUUCAAAAUUUUCAUCAAUCAAAAUGACCAAAAUGACCAAAACAAUCAAAACAAUCAAAGUGAUCAAAACAGUAUAAGAUUGACAUCUCACGAUUUCCCUCACUCGAUUUUUGUUCAAAUCCUUGAAAAAUUGCCCACAAUCGAAUUGCUAUCCACCUACUGGAACUUCCUUUCUUCAAGAUUUGAUAUCUUUAUCAAUUUCCAUUCUCUCCUAAUUAAAAAGCAACCAGGCUCAAUGAUCUCCCUCACCUGCAAUAACCUAUUCAAAAAAAUCUCAAAUUUUGAAAAACUAAUCCCCUUCAAUUACAACUACUCCCCAUUAAAGGGCAACAUAAUCUUAUUCACCUCAAAGAUCUUUAAAAUAAAUGAUCUAUUUCUACUAAACAAAGAGUGGAGCAUCUACAGCAAAAAGGUAUCCUACCCCUUUAGCAAUAAACCCUGGUUUCAAGACUUUUGGUUCAUGCAAUCCUCUUUAUCAAAUCCUUUAUUAUACAUAAAAAAUGACCAAGCAAUGCUACAACUAAAAUCUCUAUUCUCCGCUGUUUACCAACAAUUUUAUGACUUGGAGAGAAAUUACCUAAUGAAAAGACUCAAAUCCGGUAAAAGACAUGUAUCAAUCAAUAACAGAAUUGAUUUCAAUAAAAUUUCAAACUUACUCAAAUCUUCGAAAUUAAAAUUCUAUAAAAAAAAAUACUUUAACCCUCUUUUCACCAUUCAUCCAAAUGUAUUCGAUGUUCAAUUGCUGAGUGACCACAAAUUUAGGAAAACUAUCAUGGUCCAAUUGUUUAUUAUCAUUUGUUUUUACUUCCAAUUAAUCGAAUCUGUAAAGGAUGAUUUCAUUAAGAAUAAUAUUCCAGAACUAAUAAAUAAACCAAUCAACUUUUUUAACGACAUAACUCUAUCUCAAAAGGAAACGAAUUUCUUUUUUAAAUUAAAGAAGGAAAUCCCAAAAUUAUACACAGGAGACUUGAGUUUUCAUUUCACCUUACUAACAAUAAAAGACGUUAGUGAUAAUGCCUGGCUAAGAUGGAAAAUAAAGGGUUGUCCUCUGUUUGAGAAAAAAAAACUAUCCUCUGAUGAACUAAAUCAUUUUAUAUCUCACAAUCUAAAUUCUCUCCGACAAAAUAAACUACCAAAUCUUCCGCUAUCAAUGGGCGAUUCAAAUAUUAAUAACAUAUGGAAUAAGCCAAGCAGUAUUAAUUAUCUAUCCCAGAACAAUAAUGAAACUUUUAAAAACCUUGAUGAAUAUUUAAAAAAUAAGAAAUCUCAAUCACAAAAUCUCAAUCGACCUCAACAAAACCUUGAAAUACACCACAAAGAAACUUCAAACUUUUCAACUGAAGAUAAUCAUUUAUUGAAAAAAUGGCAGAAUUUAAGAUUCGAUAGAAAAAAUGGCUCUUGGUUGAAACUGCUUUCUAAAAAUUUCCUAUUUAAACCACCUCUUUCUUAUGAUGAACAGUCAAUUUUAGUGACUUCAAAUGAUAAUAUAUCAGAAUUACAAAAUGGAAGCCAAAGCCAAGAUCAGACAAUUCAAGAAGAAUUUGAGCAGGCAAAUCAAAAAUUAAUGAUUGACACUACAUAUGAUCAAAAUAUUCAAAUUAAAGGAAAUUCUACAAAUCAUAAUAAUAACAAUAAUAAUAACAAUAAUAAUAAUAAUAAUAAUAAUAAUAAUAAUAAUAAUUUAUGGAAAAAUUCAAGGAAAAAUUCGAAAUUCAGUGAAUUUAAAUCCAAUGAUGAACCAUAUAGCAAAGGAAGUAAUAAAGGAUCCAAUUUUUUUAACCCUAAAUUCGAUAAUUCUGGAUCUCCUAAUGGAAGUUUUAAUCAAAGGAGUAAUAGUUUUAACACAAAAAAUCAUCAAUUUGUUCCCAAACAGACCUACAAUGAUACUUCCCCAGAGGUUUACAAUCAAGUUCCACAUGAUAAAAACAAUUUCAACAAUACUAAAUUUGGAUUUAAUCAGAAAAAUUUUAAAAAUAACCAUUAUCAAAAUUCCAGUUAUCCAAGUGAUCCAAUGAUGAAAUCUAAUUCAUUUAGAAAUCAACAAUACCCUGGAAACCAAAAAUUUAAACAAACUGGAGGUUAUCCUCAACAACAAAUUCAUAAUCAGGAAUUUUUAAAUGACCAUAGAUCAAACAGUAACUCUUUUAAAAGCCUCACAGAUGAUAGAUCACUAUUAAAUAUGCCUGGACAAAAUACAAAGCCACGUUCAAGAAGUUUUGUUAAAUCGAAGAGAAAUGAAUUUCAACAAGAUUAUGAUUAUAAUCCAAAUGAAAGAGAUCCAAAUGGCGGUUUAGGCUACGAUAAUAAUAAUUCGCAUAAAAAUAAUUUUUAUGAAAAGAGUCAAUAUAAUAAACCAUAUAAUAAUAAUUUUUAUAACAAUUCAUACGAAAACCAUUCAUAUGACGAUCAUUCAUAUGAUGAUCAUAAUAAUGAUAACAAUUACAAUAAUCACAACAAUCACAAUUACAACAAUUACAAUAAUAAUGAAAGAAAUUCGUCAAAUAGAAAAGAAAAUAACCAGUUAUGGAAUAGAAAGAGGCCUUUAAAUGAUACGUAUAAUUCUAAUGAUUAUCCCUCUAAAAAGAAAGGAAAUCAUCUAAACGAUUAUUACAAUAACUAUUAAUAGGAUGAAAAGAAUAGAAAGGUAAAAAAUCUUCAUAUAUUUAUAUAUAUUAUUCAUCAUACAUAGGGGCUUUUUUUUGACACAAAAACCAAUUUCAAUUGAUUUUCUUUUUUUUUUGAACCAACCAAAAAAAGUUAAGAUAUAAAUUAUACACCAAUUAUUUAAUAAAUAAUAAAAAAGAAAAAAAAUACAAAAGAAAAAUUAUGUAAAAGUUAUUUAUUAUAAAUAAAUUCCUACCAAUUUCAAAAAAUAUAAACUAAAAAUAUAAGGCAUAAAAGAAAAAAAAGAGAAAUAACUGAAAAAAA